CAACGGCCGCGAGCGUCGACGCCGCGUCACGGCGUGGUGUGGCCGCGCGAUAACGCACACGGGAGAGAGGGACGCCGUAGCCACGCAGCAACGUCACGUCCCCGAUGUGUUGAGGAUGUUGACGCCGAGGCGAGCAGGACCGGUGGGCCCCGAGGAAAUCGGGGACGGGCCCGGUGAUAAGGGCGCGGGCAGCGCGACGAGCGGCUCGGUCACUCCAGGCGGCUCCUACGAGAACGGCGACAACUCGAAGGAGUUCCUGUCGACCGGAAGGACCGGCAGGAGGAACGCGCUACCGGACAUCCUUGGCCGACACGCCGAGACGGGCCUCACCGACCUAUCGGACCGUUUCGAGGAACUGUCCACCCACACAGAUCAUUCGACCAACAGCGGGCAGGAUCCGAAUAUACCGAGUACCUCGAAACAGCACGGCUGACAUGCCCGUGAGACUUCGUAGCGGAUCUCGCUGUUGCGACACAUUGGGCCUUUCCACCACCGAUGACGACGACGAUGAGGACGAUGGAAGCGUGUAUCGUUUCUAUGAACAAAGUCCUCGAGUGCUCUUUGGUUCACGUUGCUACGAAUGUAUCGAUGAACGACUGACACGCGUAAACGAUGAAUCCAACACGCGUUUCGUCUUUCGCUAGGGAAUGCUAGAAAAUAUUUGACGGGAAAGCUGACAAGAGUUUGGGCUCGAAGGAAACUGAUGGAAAAUUCAAGGGUUCGAUGAGACUUCUCUCAAGAAAUCAUAAUUUGUUAAAUUUGCUUUCAACUUUGCGGGCAAACUUUACGAAUUAUGAGCUUGUCUCGUACAAUGAAUUUUUCGAAUAGCACUAAAAGGGAACCAAUGAUCUUUUGCCAUUAAGGUAAAAUCGACCCGCCACUCGAAUAAAAAAAUACCAAAGGGAUUAGUUUUGCCAGACAAAAAGUCCAGUAGCUUGCGCGGAACAUUAGAAUCAUGCACGUUUAUCUUUUCGGACUAAAAGCGAGAUACGCUUUGACUCAUUGUCAUUGAUGCGAGAGCAGAUUGUAAAUAAAUGCUGAAAUGUCCAUAAACUGAAAACUUUUUACUUCGUUUUCUUAUCGCUACCGAGGUACGAGACGAAAAGUGAAAUUUGGAAAAAUGUUUUUCAGCUCGUUUCAACAUUUUCUGUGCUGGAAUAAUUGACGAUGUCAUCACGUAUUUCUGUAGAUAGACUCUGUUAGGAUUGUAGCGUAUUAAAACUGGCAAAGUAAAUAUUGAGGCAGUUAAAUUCGCUAAAUGUGAUACAAUAUUUGGCACGACUCUGGCUUUGUUAAUAACGAUGCUGUUUAAAAAGAUACAGCCGUUGCGUAUGCAUGUGUGCGUGUGUGCGAUGCAUAUUUUUAAUAAAGUUUCUACGAAAAGCCCGUUUUAUUUUAUAUUACGCGAUUAUUAAUUAAAAUACUACGAGAAAGGAGCCAAUGAAAAACGUGCCAUCAGAAAAACUCGUUAAAUAAUUUAGAAUUUUCCACUUUGUGCUGUUGUUAAAUUUUACAAGUUCCGCCCUACGUGGAUAGCGGGAGAGAAUUAAUUGUACGCUUUUAAUAACCAGGAGCGGCAUUGAUAUUAAUACACAGUGUAUCCGUGAUAAAUACGAGUAUUAAUGAAGUCAUAUAUCGUAGACUUACCGCAUCCCUCCUCAAAAAACUUGCGUACUUUGUGACGUCGCUGCAGUACGCAAAAUAUAACAGAGCGUCCUACAUUGCGUUAAAUCCCGGAUCCUUAAUUCCAGCCCGUAAUUCCCAGAUUCGUUGAUCAGUUUGGUUGCAACAGGAUUUAGGUUGCAGCGAACGACGGCUCCGCUCGAGAUAUUCGCCAACGAAACGCUCGACUCGGUGCCGAUGAAUCUAAUUGCAAGUGCGAGAUUUAACGCGGCCUAAACUCCACGCGCUUUCGACGAGACGCUCUCGUCUCUUUUUCCCCGAAUAAAUCUUAUUGAUUUCUAGACUCUCGCGGUGAGAAAAGUACUCGAGAGCGGCCUUUCGACGCACUGCUCCGACAACGUGUUCUAGAACGUUAACUCGUGCGAGAUUAACUCCGAGGUCUCAACGACCGUAAUUUCUCCUUAAAAAAUUUAUUUUGAAAAUAUAAAUCUUGCGACAUUUAAGUUACGGGGUACGGUAUCGCGAUAUUAAUUUUAUUAAACGUUGCGCAUUUACUUAGGCCGCUCCGUUACCGUUCGAUUAGCUCUUCUCAUUAACGAACGUUAUACAGCAGGCGGCAACGCGCCAAGUACCGAGGCACUUUUUUUAGCGGCCGAGUAGAUGUUUGUAUAGAUGGAAUUAAUAAAGCGUGUAAUAACAUAACGACGGCGGAUGUGUACAUACAUACGUGUAGAUUACCCGAGGGUGAUACAGUUCACUCGAUCGCGGGGUUGUCCUGGAUUUUCACGAACAUGCGUACGAGCAUAGUUAGUAUUAAGUUAAUCAAUAAGGUAUGUUUAACGGACGAUUAAAUCUGUAUAUAGGCACGUCGUCGUGUAAUCGCGCACACGCCCGUAUUCUCAACGUACGUCUCGCGCUGAAAACUACCCUCUCGAGAGCCGUUCGGUUUCACGAUCCAUUUGCGUUUCAAGCGAGGAGGCCAUUUUUUUUCUGCGCCGGGCAAACGGGAGCUGCGAUUGGGGACUCGGCGUAAAGCGUACGUCGUAGAAUAUGGUUCACGUUCCGUGCGUGACAUAAAUAAACAUUUUUGGACCUGCGUGUCUCUCGGCGAUCUCGUCUUUACGCACUUACGAGGGACGGCAGACGAGGGAGAAGAUUCGUCUGGCUUGGGCCACUUGUUACGACGCAGAACGCUCUGGCGAUAAAAUUAAUUCGAUAUCUAGGCCGAUAGGAUCGAUUCGAGAGCGCAAAUUCGCUCUGGCUCGGCCGUAUUAUUGAGCACCGCUAAGACUCUCGACAAAGUAUUCCGCGGAAACACGUGUGAUAAGCAACGAUAAAUGAUCUCUAAUCAAAUUCGUGUUGCGCUAUCUAAUCGUGCGAUGCUUAUAAUUUAAGAAUCGACCGCGCUUUCGAGCGACGGAGGGGGGGGGGGAGGGAUCCGAGCGUCGAUAAUGUGUUUUUCACCUGCGUACCUGCUUUUCGUAGUCAAUAACGGUAUCGCGACGACCGGAGAUAACGGGCUGUAAACGGGUGCUUGCACGAUAAAAAAAAGAGCGGAUUGUAACAGAGCCGAUCCACUCGUACGAUAGCCGUCAACGUUCGCGAUUAGUAUUUCGACGCAAAUGAUUUCUCCGAGCGCGUCGACGAUCGGGGGCGCGAUAACGCGCGAUUGCGCCCAUCCCGAUAACACCGGUCUACGAUACCGCUGCAAUUAUUGUUAAAAAAUAAUGGAGAUCGAUCGCGGCGCGAGGCACGGUCGAGCAUCCCCCAUGGCCUUUGUGCGUGAGUGUGGUAUUUCCCGCGAGGAGAGAGACCCGUGCGCGCGCGGAACAGAUCGACACACGAUUGUAAAACGAUGUACGUUACUUCUCUACCCGUGGGAACACAAUACAAUUUUGAUUCAUA